AGCCAUAUGUGAGGAGAAACCGGUGGAGCAGGCUGGUGUAUAUUGUCCGUCCCAGAGCUUGAGUCAGUUUGUUCAGCAUCUGAGGGAGACACUGCUACUGCUACUGGUGAAAAGUCAGAAGAAAAAGGAAAGAAACCAUGGCUGUGAACAAAUGUGUCAAGUAUCUGCUCUUCUUCUUUAACCUGCUCUUCUGGAUCAGUGGUUGCAUAAUCUUGGGUGUGUCCAUCUACCUCAAAGUACACAAGGAGGGAAACGAGAUCUUCAAUGAAUCCAUUCCUGGCAUCGACUUACUGAUCGCCGUCGGCGUCAUCAUCAUGGUGCUGGGGUUCCUCGGCUGCUGCGGCGCCAUCAAGGAAAACCGCUGCAUGCUGCUGUUGUUCUUCAUCUCCCUCCUCAUCAUUUUCAUCCUCUUGCUGGCUGCAGGGAUUCUGGGAGCUGUGGGCGAGUCCAAGGUGAAGGACUGGGUGAAGGAGAAGUUGGAGAAGUUCACUCCACUCUCUAAGCAACCACCAGAGAUCAGAGAGGACCUGGAGAAGUUACAACGCGAGCUGAAAUGCUGUGGCCUCAUCAAUGGACCAUCAGACUGGGAGAAGAUUCCUGAUUCUUGUCGCUGCAAUGGCACCACUACUGAGUGCAAGUCCUCCGCCAUUUACCAAGAGCCCUGUGCCACCAAAGUCAUCAGUCUGAUGGAGAAGCACAUGGAGGUGGUGCUGGGAAUCGCCUUCGCCAUUGCUGCCCUGCUGGUUUUCGGGAUGAUCAUGGCCAUGAUCCUCUACUGUCAGAUCGGAAGGAAGGACAGCGGCGCCACGACAAAUGCCUGAAGGCCCGCCUCUCACGAAUCCGCCAGUCAGCAUCAGCCAAAGGACUUAAGCUCCACCCUCUAGGCAUCCACCUCAGUGCUACUGUAGUUUUACCUAAGCUGUUAUUGUGAAGGAUAAAAUACUUUUACUUUUGGGCUUACACUUUGUCUAAUGAAAAGUACACCAUAUCCAAGUGCGGUGACAAAAAUGUGUCAUAGUUAUACUAUAUUUACUACAUUAUAUUAACCCUUAGCCAAACAAGACAAGUGAUAGAAAAUUAAAACAUAAUAGAUUUUUUUUUACGAAUUAAAAAGAACAAAAGUAUAUUUAAUUCUGUAAAGAGUCUUACUUACGCCAAAACACAACGAUGUUACUGUUACGUAAAACAUAAUUUGAAUAUCUUUAUUUUCAUUAUUUAGUUAGUUAAUAAAUCAUGGUCAUUUAGUCAUGAUUUUAAGGAUUUUAUUAGAAAUGUUUUGCGCCGUGUGGUUUAAAAUAAAAACAAGCGAUACUUAGUCUGUUUUUUCUGUCAUGCUGGAACUGUUACGUUGUUAAACGUAAAAACGUGUUAUCUUAAAGUAUUCCCUCAGGAAGUAAUUUUUUUGUGCUGAAUCUACUAAACACAAACAACCAUUUUUACAGGAUAGUCCUGUAAAACGAUAUCUCUUUUUUGUUUGCGGUGUUGAUGAACGGUGGUCUUUUUUUGUCAAAGUAGUAAAAUGUUGUACAUUUAGGUUCCUGUGUUUGUUUUCUUUUAUCCACUACUUGAAAUAAAAGUUGUUGUUUGACAUUAA